CCUGUUGGUAACUGUUGAAGUCCACUGUAUGGAGAAAAAUCCUGAAAUGUUUUCCUCAAAAACCUUAAUUUCUUUUAGAAUGAAGAAAGAAAGAAAGAAAGACAUAAACAUCUUGGAUGACAUGGGGGGUUGUGAGGCCGGCGUGUUGAGCAGAACGCACACACACUCACACACACACACACUCUCCCGGAGCAUGCCUAUCAGUCCACCUGCCGACGGCAAACAUGAGGCUCUCGACCGGCCGCGGCAACAACACGCCCCUACCAACGGUAACCACGGAGAUGACAGCAUUCGGGCCUCUCCUGGGACUAAAUCUACCUCCGAACCUAUGGAGGAUCUCCACGCAGCUGUCAUCCGCAUCGGAAUCCCUGAUUUGCAGCAAACGAAAUGCCUGCGAUUGGACCUUGAGGCUCCAGUGUGGGUUUGUAAGCAGCGAGUUCUGGUCACUCUGACACAAAGCCUGACCGAUGUGCUUAACUAUGGCCUCUACCUCCCUGCCUUUAAUGGGCGUGCCGGAAAGUUCCUCGAUGAGGAGCGAUUGCUCAGGGAGUAUCCUCUCCCUACAAUCACACCUGUACCGUACCUAGAGUUCCGUUACAAGAGGCGUGUUUACACUCAGAGCUAUGUAGAUGACAAGCAACUGGCCAAACUACAUACCAAGGCCAAUUUAAAGAAGUUUAUGGAGUGUGUACAACAGAGGUGUGUGGAGAAGGUCUGCAGGUUCCUGGAGAAAGGGCUGGACCCCAAUUUUCAUGAUACUGAGAGUGGAGAAUCUCCUCUCACUCUCGUGGCCCAGCUGGACACUUGUGCUGAACUGAUUAAGGUGUUGAGGAGCGGAGGAGCCCAUCUGGACUUCAGAACCAGAGACGGCCUGACGGCGCUGCACAAAGCAGUCCAAACGCACAACCAUGUAGCAUUGACUACAUUGUUGGAUCUGGGGGCGUCUCCAGACUAUAAGGACAGUCGUGGGCUUACUCCCCUCUAUCAUAGUGCCAUGGUCGGGGGAGAUCCGUACUGCUGCGAGCUGCUGCUGUACGAUCACGCCCAGCUGGGCUACAGCGACGAGAACGGCUGGCAGGAGAUCCAUCAGGCUUGUCGUCAUGGAAACGUGCAGCACCUUGAGCACCUGUUAUUCUAUGGAGCGGAGAUGAGCUCUCAGAAUGCCUCAGGAAACACAGCACUACACCUGUGUGCCCUCUACAACCAGGAAGGCUGUGCUAGAGUUCUCCUGUUUCGAGGAGCAAAUAAAGAAAUCAAGAACUACAACAACCAAACAGCAUUUCAGGUUGCUAUCAUCGCAGGGAACUUUGACCUGGCAGAAAUCAUCAAGAUCCAUAAAACCUCAGAUGUUGUGCCUUUCAGGGAGACCCCUUGUUAUUCGUCUCGGCGGCGUGCGGUCUGCAUAUCCCCACGUCGCUCUCUGAUGCGAUCGGCCAGUGAUAACGCUCUAGAUGAGAGUCUGCCAGCUCCCUCUCCGGCCCCCUCCCUUCGCAGCCUGCCCCCCCUGGAGCCGGACGACACCGGGCCGUCCCAGCGCAGCCCCCAGGCUGCUCACACACACACCCGCAGCCUCAGGAGACACACCCGCUCAGGAGGACACCUCAGUCCUGGCAGUCCUGUACAGAGAGAGCCGAGUCCUCCUGCCGUGUCUCGAGGGCCCAAGCGACGGCUGUACAGUGCGGUGCCCGGCCGAACCUUCAUCGCUGUCAGCUCCCACACUCCGCAGGGCGAGGGCGAGAUCACACUCAACCGAGGAGAGAGGGUCAAAGUGCUGAGCAUAGGUGAAGGAGGAUUCUGGGAAGGCUCAGUUAAAGGACGAACUGGCUGGUUUCCUGCUCACUGUGUAGAGGAAGUCCAGAUGAGACAGUAUGACCCACGACUCGAGACAAGAGAGGAUCGCACCAAGAGACUUUUUAGGCACUACACUGUUGGCUCCUAUGACAACUAUACCUCUUACAGUGAUUAUGUUAUAGAAGAAAAAAGUGCAACGUUGCAGAAGAGAGACAGUGAAGGAUUCGGCUUUGUGCUUCGGGGAGCUAAAGCUGAGACGCCCAUAGAAGAGUUCACACCUACUCCUGCUUUUCCUGCCCUGCAAUACCUGGAGUCAGUGGACCUGGAGGGGGUGGCAUGGAGGGCAGGGUUAAGGACAGGGGAUUUCCUUAUAGAGGUAAAUGGGGUGAGCGUAGUAAAGGUGGGACAUAGGCAGGUGGUAUCACUGAUUCGGCAAGGUGGAAGUCGGCUAGUAAUGAAGGUGGUGUCUGUCACACGCAAACCUGACACUGGAGACGUUGUCCGCAAGAAAGCCCCGCCACCUCCCAAGAGAGACCCAAGCACCAGCCUGACCCUGCGCUCAAAAAGCAUGACUGCAGAACUGGAGGAGCUGGGUAAGACAGAUGCUCAUACAUACGAACAAGGAAACAAGCAGGGAUCCACACACCUCCUUGUGUUAUGCUAGGUCUCAGAUAAGUUAAAACAGAUGCUAUCAUUAUCUUUGAGGGCAUGGCACAUGUUGGAUCAAAUCCUUUGUUUCCCCAGGAACACUAAUGGAGAAAUGUAUUCAAAUUAAUGUCUUUUCUUUCCGUGAAAAUGAUACAGCAAUGAAAGGAAGUGUGAAUGAUUGUGCAGUAAUAGCUUUGCUCAUUCAUUGCUAAUGAAUAGUGACCAUCUAAUGCACAAAUCUAUGAGCUAAAUCAGGAACUAUAGAUUUGUCCUUCUUGCC